GUAGUUGCGUUUCUUUCAUAUCAUUGUCUUUCAGCAGUCUUUGGAGGACCUCUGGCGAGAUAGAUUGAAACUGCAUCUCACUCUUCAUUUGACCCAAUGGUGACCCCAUGACGUAGUUACACAACAUAUGACUGCAGCAGACGGAAACACACGCUGACGAAACCAAGAGCAUUUCUUCACUGCUAUAUCGUCUCAGAAGAAAGUCACAACGAAGAUUUCAUCCCCAUAAUAAAGGGACGGACUUGUAAUGAAGCAUGUGCAGUACCUAGAGGAGGCGCCAGAUGGCGGCUGGGGCUGGUUCGUCGUCCUGAGCAGCUUCCUCUGCCACCUCUGCAUCGUGGGCGUCGCCAAGUCCUUCGGCGUUUUCUUCCCGUACUUUCUCGAGGCUUUCGGAGAAGACGCCAGAAGCACAUCUUGGGUGAGCUCCAUCCAAGGAGCGACCUGUCUGUUUGGAUCUGUGUUUGCGGGUGCCCUGACUAACGUGUUCGGCUGCAGAGCUGUGGUGAUGAUGGGGAGUCUGAUCGCCGCCGCGGGUCUCAUCUCCAGCUUCUUCAUCACUAGUUUACCUGCCAUGUACCUCACCACUGGGUUCAUCACAGGUGUCGGCUUUGCCCUAAUGUACACCCCCUGCCUCACCAUGGUUGGCAGAUACUUCAAGAAGAGACGUGCCCUCGCAAACGGCCUCGGUGUGACCGGGACGGGACCGGGGACCUUCAUUCUCCCGCCAUUUUUCCAGUACAUCAUCGACCAGUACGGCUGGCGGGGUGCCCUACUUGUAACCGCAGGGGUAGCCCUGCAAGGCCUCGUGUUCGGCGCGCUGCUAAGACCUAUAUACCUCAAGGAAGACCUUGAAAACCAUUCCGCAAGAGCACCUCAGGACAAAAGCAUGUGUUUGACACGUUUAUUCGACUUCUCUCUCUUCAAAACACCGAUUUUUGUGAUUUUUGCGCUGUCGAAUAUUUUCUUAUUUUUCGCCAACUUCAUUCCGUACGUGCAUCUAGUUGCCCAUGCGAGGCAUGUUGGGAUAGAUGCGCAGAAGGCUGCUUUCCUGAUUUCAGUGAUAGGUAUCGGCGACGGAGUGUCCAGAAUAGCAUACGGCUGGCUUUCUGAUCUGGGAUUGUUCGUUCGUCUGAGAGGCUACAUCGUGUGUCUGCUCGGAUUCAGUUUAAGUUUAUUAUGUUUACCUGUUGCAAGGACAUACCCUGCCAUGAUCGUCUGCUGUCUGUGUUUCGGAGUGUUCGCUGGUUGCUACACUACGCAGACAGCGGUGUUUGUAGCAGAGUUCUGUGGAGUGAAGCGACUGGCCAGCGCGAUUGGGUUACUGUACAGCCUGGGAGGGCUCCCAACGCUGUUCGGACCUCCAAUAGCAGGAUAUUUGUAUGAUGUAACCGGAAACUACGACGCUUCGUUCUACACGGCCGGAAGUGCGGUGCUCUGUAGUGUGUUGCUCAUGACGCCAGUAGAGAUCUUUCUCACCAGAACAGCCCAUUCCCGAGGGGAUCGGGAAAGAACAGUGCCCGAUGACAUUGACAUUGACCUUGCAGUGUCUGGGACAGGAAAGGAAGCAGUAGAAGAGUCCUUAGAGUUAACUGAGGACAUGAGAAACUGCAAGGUUCCAUUUCUUGAAGAGGAGACAACAGUGUGACAUCGAACAGUGCCUGGUGACAUUGACCUUGCAGUGUCUGGGACAGGAAACCUUGAACCUUGAACGUGGACAUCAGGGAUGUCAUCACUGGUCGCAAUGGAUCCUUCUUCUCCACUCGGGAAAGGAAGUAGUAGAAGAGUCCUCGGAGUUAACUGAGGACACGAGAAACUGUAAGGUUCCAUUUCUUGAAGAGGAGACAACGGUGUAAUGCCAUCCUAUGUAGUCUGUAUUGUGCAUUGUGUUUCCUAGAACCUACAUGCCUUGUAUUAAUUCAUAGCCAGUUGCUUUAUACAAUGUACAUUACUUUGCCUCAAGCUAAGGGCACAACCCGCCAUAUGUGCAAAUACGUGCUGUCUACGUGCAAAAACAUAUAUUAGGCAAUCUUUUGGGAUCCGUAAGUGGUAAGUACCGCCUCCGUACAAACUCGUAGGUAAUCUGACGGGUUUUGGAGCACGCAGACACGCCGUAGAACUUUACGUGCAGGCAAAACUUUGUGUGCCAUUGGGCUUCGGAUUCGCCCCCAUACGUACCAGUACGGACGACGUGCCUGCCUUGUACAGCCUAAAUGCACGUACGGCGGGUUAGGCUCAAAAUCAAACCUGACUGUCGGGCGACCACACUAAACAAAUCUACCAAAUACCAUCGCAAUAGCACGCUGAGUACUGGAGAUAUAACAGCGAAAACUCACCAAAA